AUGAAGUUUGAGAAAGAGUUGAGGUCACAGAUGGUGCCAGAAUGGCAAGGAGCUUACAUGAAUUACACAUCUCUCAAAUCCAUACUUGAAGAAUUUAAACUUUUUAAGCUCAAUAAUCCACACCUUCAUUCUCACCGUCAACAUCAUCAUAGCGGUGGAAUUGCUGGAGUGUACAAGGCAUUCAGUGGUUUACUAGUUUCUAGCACCACAAGCUCAUCUAAAGUCGCCACUUCUACUUCUAACUUAUUUGGUGGUAAUGAGCCAGCCAUUUUGGUGCUCCGACAAAAUAUAUAUGAUCAUGACUUAGAACAUGGAGGAUCUCAUGAGGACGUUAAUUGUGAAAUUUAUGAGACAAAACUGUUGAAGCCGGAAGGAGGAGGAGAAUAUGAAUUAGCAUUCUUCAAAAGACUUGAUGAGGAAUUCAACGAAGUUAAUAACUUUUACAAAGGCAAAGUUGAUAAGGUUAUGAAUGAAGCUGCUGUGUUGACUAAACAAAUGGAUGCUUUGGUUGCUUUUAGGGUUAAAGUUGAGCAUCCUGAUCAAGGAACGUUUGAACAACUUAGUAAGGAGAUUGCUAAAUCUGCUUCUAAGUUCUCCUUCCUUUCACCAGCCCCCAGUAUCACCCAAACUGAAAUGGCGCAUAUGGAUGCAAUUGAGGAACUCAAUGAACGAAGCAACCGUGGAAACCGUUCAGAAGAAAGUAAACUAAGCGACACCGUAGUAGACUUUGAGGAUGAUGAUCGGUCUAAUAAACACGAAAUUGGUGUAAAUGAAGAAGAUGCCGCAGCUAUAAGCAAAAUUCUGAACAGUGUUACAAUCAAUGAUAAACUGGGAACUCUGCGUUCGACUAUUGAAGGAUUAAUACUCAACAAGAACAGAAAUAAUGAAGGAUUGGUCUUCAGCAGACAGAAUUUAAAGAAAGUUGAAGAACAACUCAAGUCUGCUUUUGUCAAUUUCCAUCAAAAACUUCAACUUCUGAAAAGCUAUAGUUAUCUGAACCUCUUAGCAUUUUCUAAGAUCAUGAAAAAGUAUGACAAUAUAACUUCACAACAAGCGUCAAAAAUAUACUUGAACAUGGUUGAUAACUCCUACAUCGGCAGCUCUGACGAUAUUACUAAGCUCAUGGAUAGAGUAGAGUCUUCAUUCAUCAAAUACUUCUCUAAGUCAAACCGUGGUAAGGGCAUGCACAUCUUGAGAUCAAAAAAGAAGAAAGAAAGCCAUAGAACAACAUUUUCAUCAGAGGGCUUUAUUCGGUACAUGGAAACCAUGUUUCCCCUUUGGAGUCUGUUCGGAUUUCUAGUCCUACAUAUGCUCCUGUAUUCAGCGAACAUAUACUUCUGGAAACGCUACCGAGUCAAUUAUCCAUUUAUAUUUGGUUUCAAACAAGGAACGGAGUUGGGAUACAGGGAAGUCUUUCUACUAAGUACGAUUCUAGCUACAGUUUCACUUGCGGGUGUACUUGCCAACCUAGACCUGGAAAUAGAUAUAACAACCAGAAAAUACAAAGCCCAUAAGGAACUACUUCCUCCUGCAUUACUACUUGUUGUUUUACUCACAACAAUUUGUCCAUUCGACAUUGUAUUUCGCUCUAGUCGUAUCUUUCUAUUAAGAACCUUGGUCCAUUGCAUUUCUGCUCCUUUCUACAAGGUCAGUCUAUCGGAUUUUAUGUUAGCAGAUCAGCUAAGUAGUCAGGGCCAAUCCCUUAGAAACGUUGCGUUCUACAUCUGCUACUAUGCUUCGGGUGACUACAAAAAGAGGGAAACUAGCUGCAGAACUAACAACAACAUUUACAAUGCAUUCUAUAUCAUGUUGGGUGCUUUUCCGUUUUGGUUACGCGCAUUACAGUGUUUUAGAAGAUUCUUUGAAGAGAAAGACCAAACACAAGGAUAUAACGGGUUCAAAUACUUGAGUAUUGUCCUGGCGAUUCUUAUGACAACAGCUUACAGCAAGCAUAACUCGACAGGAUUGUUGGUAAUGGCCUGGAUCUGCUCAACUGGUGCAACCAUCGUGGCUAUAUAUUGGGAUCUUGUUUUGGACUGGGGACUAUUAAGGAGAAACUCUAAGAAUCCUUGGUUGAGAGACAAGCUUCUCGUAUCACAUAAAAGUGUCUACUUUGCAGCCAUGGUAACAAAUGUGUUUCUGAGAUUUGCCUGGCUACAGACAGUGUUGAACAUUCAACUACCUUUCUUAGAUAGGGAAGGUAUGGUUACUGUCGUUGCAUGCCUAGAGAUCAUUCGUCGUGGUGUAUGGAAUUUCUUCAGGAUAGAAAAUGAACACGUAAACAAUGUUGGCAAAUUUCGUGCAUUCACAAAAGUGCCUCUUCCUUUCAACUAUGAUGAGGAUCAAGAAGAUAAAGAUGAGUAGCGCCAAUCCUAGAUGUGCAUGGCAAAUUCGAGUGGAAUAAUAGCAUUACGCAUCAAUAUAAUAAGUUCGAGAGAGAGACCUUAUUAAUUAGUGUGGACAUUAUGGAUGGAAAGGAACCAAAGAGUUUCUUCAAACAAGUUCUUCUUGAAGGAGGAGGGAUUGGCAACACAGGUGAAAGCUCCAAUUAUUUCAAGGAUACAAGUUUUCAGCAAAGAAAUUCGAUCUCCAUUUUGUUCUUGGGUAUUCAGCUGGGAUAUAUACAAUUUCUUAUUUGGGAUCCUCGUUAAAGAUCCUAGUUUUUCUUUUUCCUUUUUAAUUUUUGAUGCUAGCUGGUUUCUCCUGCGUGUUCCAUGUA